UUGUUACAGGCAGUGGUAAUCAGUGUGAUCUCACAAUACAGAAAGAUGGUCUGGAACUACAGGAUGGUGAAUAUGUUAUUGGUUUAAGUGGACAAAUUAAUCAGAUAUACUGCAAGGCUCUGUGUUCAGAACCGGGCCCCGAUCCAGCCCUUAAAUGGUACAAGACACCGAACCCACAUCCAGUCAGAAUGUCCCGCGGAAGAAUGUAUCAAGUUAGAACAACAUUUGAUAGGGUUAAUAUUCUGACAAUCAGGAACAUGUUAUACUCGGAUAUUGGAAUAUACAAGUGCAAAGGAUGGCUGAAAGACCAAGGUUGGGUGGAGAAAUCAUUCGAGCUCACAUAUGGAGAAUGUAAGGCGAACCAGUAUCAUUGUAAUAAUGGUGACUGUAUUGAUAGAAGCUAUGUCUGUGACGGAUAUAACGAUUGUAUUGAUGCCUCGGAUGAACUUAACUGUGCUUGUCUUCCUGACAUUGAAUGUAAGUAUGGUGGCUGUGUUUCAAAGGAGAAAGUGUGUGAUGGUCAUAGAGACUGCAUGUUUGGUGAAGAUGAACAUAAUUGUAGUUGCUAUGAUGACUUCCAAUGUGGUAACGGAACAUGUAUUGAAAUGUCUAUGGUCUGUGACGGUACUGUAGAUUGUAUUGAAGAUGAAGAUGAUGAAUCAAACUGUACGUGUAUGCCAUACCAGCUCCAAUGUGAUGAUGGUUCCUGUGUUAAUGAUACAUAUAGAUGUGAUCAUAUUGACGACUGUCCAUCAGGUGAAGAUGAAGCAGACUGCACAUGUUUCACGGAUUCAUUUAUUUGUGAUGAUGGGCAGUGUAUUGAGGCAUCUGCAGCUUGUGAUGGUAUCACAGAUUGUUCCAAUGGUAAUGAUGAAGAGGGCUGUGGGGGAAAGAGUAAGUAUAUAGAUAUUCUUAUGUAAAAUCCCUGGUAUGAC